GAGCUCCUGAACUGAGAAACUGUGCAGAUUUGUACGAAAGAGGAUACAAAAAGAGUGGAAUUUAUAGUAUAAAACCAGAAGAUACAAAGCCGUCAUUUCCUGUAUAUUGUGACAUGGAAGAUUCUGGAGGAGGAUGGAUUGUAAUUCAGAGACGAGUAGACGGAUCAUUAGACUUUAAUCGAACUUGGGAAGAAUAUGAGAAUGGAUUUGGUAAUAUAUCGUGUAAUGGUGAAUUCUGGCUUGGUAACAAAUAUCUGGCCAGCAUUGGUCUUACUGGAUACCAAAGGAGUAAAAUCAUCCUGACAGAUUGGAGCGGAGAAUAUCGUGUUGCACAAUAUUCGUACUUUAAAGUCAAUCAAGCAACUCAUUGGUACACGUUGCAGAUAUCUGCUUUUCAGGAAGAAAAUAGCAACGUCAGUGAUGCAAUGACAUCUCAUUUCAAUCAAAAUAAUAUGAGGUUUACGACUGCUGACCAAGAUCACAUCUACUCAGUUCUACCGACACAAUGUCCAAGAUCUCCUGGAGGAUGGUGGUUCAAUAAAUGUAAUUCAGCAAAUUUAAACGGAUAUUAUCACCAAGGUUCAUUUAGCCCAUCAAGUCAGCCUGGUGGCAUAGUGUGGACAACGUGGAAAGGACCAACUUAUUCUUUGAAAUAUGUCAGCAGCAUAUCUUGCCCCAAAAUGUUGAGAUGGAGAGAACUUUACUUUCUACAAAUCUUGUACUUGGCGCAGAUUUUGUUGAAGAAUUUCUGCAUAGCACAAGUCGACAACUUUGAGGAGUGCACAAAUAUAAAAUGGGGUGAACUGUGUCCAACCGAAGAAAGGUUAAACUUCAUAUACCAAAGUGUCGACCAUGAUAUAAGAUCGGAAUUUGAAAAGUUGCAGAAUGAAAUCAGUGACGCUGAAAAUAGAAGGAAUCAUUUGUCAGAAAGAAAUAGAUUACCAAGAAAAGUUGAUUUACGAGAGCAUGUUCGAUCAGUGGCCGAGGAUUCUCGCAUUCUGGAAACUAAACUUUCUGAUGUGCGACCUAUCACAAAUGGAGUUUCGUUUGUUUCCACUCAAGCAGAUAAUAACUUACAUGCAGUAGACUCUCUCAUAAGGAGGGCAGAGUUGAAAAUAUCAUCGUUGGAAAACGACUGCGCCAGAAACGCUUUACGUGAGCAUGAACGUCGGGAACAUGAAAACCAUUGUUCAUUCUCUACCAUUACUGGUGAAGAUUGUGCAGAAAUCCAUAGGAAAGGAGGUCGGAGAGACGGAGUAUAUUACAUCCAACCAAAAGGAGUAACGAAACCAAUACAGGUAUAUUGUGAUAUGCAAGAUAAAGGCGGUGGUUGGACCGUUAUACAAAGACGCUUUGACGGAAGUCUUAACUUUGACCGAAAUUGGGAAACAUUCAAAUGGGGAUUUGGUCAACAAGUUUGUGACCAAGAAAGUGAAUACUGGCUGGGAAACGAAUUUAUACAUUUGCUGACGACACAAAACGCCACGGAAAUGAAGAUCGAUUUAACCUCAUGGGAUGACAUUGAGAGAUACGCCUUAUAUAGAUUUUUCCACGUCGGAGAUGAAUCCACCAACUACAAAUUAAGAGUCAAUGGGUAUUUCAUGGAUCCAAACGGUGGAGUCGGAGAUGCUUUUGGUGGAUCAGGAGUGUUUUGUGGAAAUUUGUCAAGAGUUGACGAAGAACAAACUCAACAUAAACUAAUGUCAUUCACAACAAAGGAUAGAGACAAUGACAAGCAUACAGAAAAUUGCGCAGCUAACUCUCGUGGAGGAUGGUGGUAUAACCAAUGUGUAUCAGCUAAUCUCAAUGGUCAAAGAGGAAGCGCAGACGAACUGCCUCAUCUUGUCAAUGGGGACACUGACGGCAUGGUUUGGGUAACCUGGAAAGGUUGCUGGGAAUCCUUGAAGGCGUCGAAAAUAAAGAUUCGUCCGUUCGGAUUUAGCCCAGAUGACGCACCAAUAAGACCAACGGAUGCGGAAAUACGUCGACUCCUGUUAAAUCGAUCAAGAAUAGCUAGAAGACUCCUUCGUAGGAGAUGGAAACGCAAUCCUGAGAAGAUAUACGAAUUGGCAAAAGCAUUAGGUCUACGAAGAUAAAUUCUAACGAAUACUAGUGCUUCAUAUCAAAGCAAUUUUUCAGAAUAAAUUUCUUGGUAAUCUGUGUCUGUGUAAAUAAGUAUAUAUCAGUUACUACUGGUAUGAUGUCAUUUGUUUCUAUUUCUGAAACCACCGUUGAACCUUUUAACAAACGUAAUGUUUUGGUGUAAAAGUUUGACUUUAUAAACUACCUCCGAGAUAACAUAUUAUUCUCAAAAGUAGUUAGCGGUGGAAAUUUUUUAA